ACACUCUGCCAGCCACUCCUUUCCCCUGCCUGCUGACGGGCCAGGUGCUCCCUCCCUCUUCCCUCCUCCCUCCCCUGGGCCCUGCUCCCUGCCCUCCUGGGCAGCCAGGGCAGCAAGGACGGCACCAAGGGAGCUACCCCAUGGACAGGGCCCCACAGAGACACCACCGAACAUCUCGGGAACUUCUGGCUGCAAAGAAGACUCAUACUUCACAAAUUGAAGUAAUACCUUGCAAGAUCUGUGGGGAUAAGUCAUCUGGGAUCCACUACGGGGUCAUCACCUGUGAGGGGUGCAAGGGCUUCUUUCGCCGCAGCCAGCAGUGUAAUGUGGCCUACUCCUGCACCCGUCAGCAGAACUGCCCCAUUGACCGCACCAGCCGCAACCGAUGCCAACACUGCCGCCUGCAGAAGUGCCUGGCUCUGGGCAUGUCCCGAGAUGCUGUUAAGUUCGGCCGAAUGUCCAAGAAGCAGAGGGACAGUCUCCAUGCAGAAGUGCAGAAACAACUGCAGCAACAGCAGCAGCAACAGCAGCAACAGGAACAAGUGGCCAAGACUCCUCCAGCAGAGGGCCAUGGAGCAGAUACCCUUACAUACACUUUGGGGCUCCCAGAUGGGCAGCUACCACUGGGCGCCUCACCUGACCUGCCUGAGGCCUCUGCUUGUCCCCCUGGCCUCCUGAGAGCCUCAGGCUCUGGGCCCCCAUAUUCCAACAACUUGGCCAAAACAGAGGUCCAAGGAGCCUCCAGCCACCUUGAGUAUAGCCCAGAGCAAGGCAAAGCUGAAGGCAGAAACAGCGUCUACAGCACAGACAGCCAGCUUACUUCUGGAAGAUGUGGACUUCAUUUCGAGGGAGCCAGGCAUCCCGAGCUUGGGGAACCAGAACAAGGUCCAGACAGCCACUGCAGUCCCAGUUUCUGCAGUGCCCCAGAGGCACUGUAUGCCUCUCUGACAGACAUAGAGUACCUGGUCCAGAAUGUCUGCAAGUCCUACCGAGAGACAUGCCAGCUGCGGCUGGAGGACCUGCUACGGCAACGCACCAACCUCUUCUCCAGGGAGGAGGUGACCAGCUACCAGAGGAAGGUGAGGGCAGAAGACACGAGGGAAGGGAGGGCAUCACCCCCACCACCACUGGAAGAGCCCAGAGAUGGCUACUUGCACAGGUCACCUCCUCUGUCCCUGCAGUCCAUGUGGGAGAUGUGGGAGCGUUGUGCCCACCACCUCACUGAGGCCAUUCAGUAUGUGGUGGAGUUUGCCAAGCGGCUCUCGGGCUUCAUGGAGCUCUGCCAGAAUGACCAGAUCAUACUACUGAAAGCAGGAGCAAUGGAAGUGGUGCUCGUGAGGAUGUGCCGGGCCUACAAUGCUGACAACCACACAGUCUUCUUUGAAGGCAAAUAUGGUGGCGUGGAGCUGUUCCGAGCCUUGGGCUGCAGCGAGCUCAUCAGUUCCAUAUUCGACUUUUCCCACUUCCUCAGUGCCUUGCAUUUCUCUGAGGAUGAGAUCGCCCUCUACACGGCCCUGGUUCUCAUCAAUGCCAACCGGCCUGGGCUCCAAGAGAAAAGGAGAGUGGAGCAUCUGCAAUACAGUCUGGAGCUGGCCUUCCAUCAUCAUCUCUGCAAGACCCAUCGCCAAGGCCUCCUAGCCAAGCUGCCGCCCAGAGGGAAACUCCGGAGCCUGUGCAGCCAGCACGUGGAAAAGCUGCAGCUCUUCCAGAGCCUCCACCCCAUCGUGGUCCAAGCUGCCUUCCCUCCUCUCUACAAGGAGCUCUUCAGCGCAGACGUGGAGCCCCCGAGGGGCUAACCAAGCCACCCCAGGACAGACAACUGUCUGCUUCCUUCAGCUGAUGGAUGGCCUGUCUCCCUGGACUCCGCUCCCUCGGCCUCCCCCUUCUCGCGCUCCUGGGGGGGGUGGUCUCCCUAGGAGUGAGCAAAUGCUAAGCCUGGUUUUCUGCCCCCAGGCUUGCCUGGCAGAAAACAGUAGCAGGUGCCAGUGAAAAGGCUUGUUCUGUUUGAUUUCCCUUAAGUUCCACCCUGGCUUCCAGAAGGUGUGGGGUAGAUGGGACAUAAAGGCCUGUAGGAUGACCAAGUCAAACGAACAGGGGGAUAAAUCCAGAUUCCCAGGAUGAAGAGAACUCAAUUCUGAGCUUGAAAGCUAACACAGUCCUUUGAAUACCUCAUUGUACUUCCCCUUGGACUCCAGCUGGGGGAGAUGGAUCUAGCUCAGACUGGCGGUGGCAAGCAGCCAGAAAGACGUGUAUAUAACAAGUAUCCAGAUCCUUGAGAUUUUUCUGCCUUCCUCCUUCUUAGUCCAGUAAAGAAGUCAUUUGCCGCCCUG